AUGAAUUUUUAACAUUUAAUACAAAGUAGUCGAAAAUAGAUUUACGAUUGGUUUAUUCAAUCAGAAAUUUUAAAGAUAGAAAUGCUUAAAAGUAAACUUUUGUAUUUCGAUUCUUAAAUAGUGAGUAAGUUUUUAUCUUUGGAAUUAAUAAAAGAUGAGGGCAAGAUAAAUUAAAUGAAGCUUAUAAAUAAAGAAGAAUUUGUAGCUGAAGGUGAAGAUAAAUAGAUAAUAAUAUGGAAUCCUGAAGAGAUUAAUAUAAAAAACUAUGAUACCAUGAGCAGAAAUAUCGAAUGUACAUAAAUAUAAAUAUAUAAAAAUGAUAUGUCAUGA